GUGCCGCUGCCUAGUGGUAGUGAGUGUACAAAACGCAAGAUAUGGUGGUACAAGUGAAAAUUGGUCAAUUUGGUCUCCCUUAUAAUAAAUAAAUACAAAUGUUUGUUGCGAAUUAAGGUAGUAAUUCUUCUGCGUAGAAUCUGUGCUACGUGUGAGCUGCUAAAAUAGUCAUAUAUGUUUUUUUGGGGAUCUAUUAGCGAUACAUAACCAACAAAAUGUCAGAAAAAAUUAAGCACAUUCCCGAGCAAAAACUCAAAGCCUUCUCUAUUGGGGCGAUGGGUAAGAGGACGCUGUCUAAGAAAGAAUUGGAAGAACAGCGGAAAAAAGAAGAAGAAAGAGCUGCCGCUCAUGUAUUCCAAGAGUUUGUGGAAACAUUUCAAGAGACGCCCGUUAACGGAUCGAAAGUUUGGGUUAAAGCGGGCACAUACGAUGCAGGAGCGAGAAAGGAAGAUACCAAAGAUAGAGGCAAAUUGUAUAAACCGCAGUCUCGAAUUCUCGCAUCGCAGGAAUUAUUAACAUCGGCGGAAAGGGCACAAGCGUACGCUCGUAUGUUGGCAGUUGAUAAGAAACCCGAGCGGUUGGGGAAGAAGAAAUCGUCUGGAAAAAGUAAUCUCGAGUCAUUUAAGGAAGAACUGAGACAGAUUCAAGAGGAGCGAGAAGAGAGACACAAAUACAAGGGCGCUGUUCGCACUCCAAUUGAAUCCGAGCUAGAUCUAUUUUUGAGAUGCGGUGACCUUGGUUCUUUCGAUAACGGCGAUCCGACAACGACAAACUUGUAUCUAGGAAACCUAAAUCCAAAGGUAUAUUUGAUUGCUACCAUUGUCACACUGAAAUUCUAUUUUUUUCGUAAGAUAACUGAACCCCAACUGAUGGAAAUUUUUGGACGAUACGGACCUUUAGCCAGUAUCAAAAUAAUGUGGCCCAGGUCCGAUGAAGAAAAGGCGCGUGGUAGAAAUUGCGGAUUUGUCGCUUACAUGAGCAGGAAAGAUGGAGAAAGAGCAUUAAGAAAUUUAAAUGGCAAAGAUAUUUUGGGUUAUGAAAUGAAAUUAGGGUGGGGAAAAUCGGUGAUUAUACCUCCUCAUCCUAUUUAUAUACCACCCGCACUGUUAGAAUUGUCAAUGCCACCACCAUCAUCCGGCUUACCGUUUAAUGCUCAACCUUCACCAAAGGAUAGGGAUAUUUUACCAAAAACUUCCGAAGAACUGAACCAGAUUUUAUGUCGGGCAAUAGUGAAAGUAGUCAUACCCACCGACAGAAAUAUACUGAUGCUUAUUCAUCGAAUGGUGGAAUUUGUAAUACGAGAGGGUCCAAUGUUUGAAGCUAUGAUUAUGAAUAGAGAAAUUAAUAACCCUUUGUUUAGAUUCUUAUUUGAAAAUCAAAAUCCUUUACAUAUUUACUAUAGAUGGAAGUUGUAUUCCAUUAUGCACGGUGAUUCGCAAAAGGAUUGGACUUCAAAAGAAUUCCGUAUGUUCAAAGGUGGAUCUGCUUGGAAACCUCCGCUAAUGACCUCGUACACAGCGGGAAUGCCCGAGGAAUUAAUACAAGAGGAAGAAGCUCGUGAAUCGACGAAGGGUUCUUUAUCGAACACGCAAAGAGAUCGUUUGGAAGAUUUAAUACGGAAUUUAACUCCCGAAAGUAAAAGAAUUGCGGACGCCAUGGUUUUUUGCAUAGAACAUAGCGAUGCCGCUGAUGAAAUUGCGGAGUGUAUUCUCGAGUCAUUAUCAAACGAAUCGACGAUCGUCACAAAGAAAAUAGCGAGAUUGUACCUUAUUUCUGACAUUCUACACAAUUGCGGAGUGAAAGUGAAUAAAGCGUCAUUUUACAGGAGAGCAUUCGAAAUAAGAUUGAUCGAGAUAAUUAAGCAAAUGAAAUUCAUACACGACAAAUUGGAGGGGCGUCUACAAGCGGAAGGAUUCAAAGUCAGAGUUUUAAGAACGUUAAAGGCGUGGGAGGAUUCAAUCUAUCCUAAGGAUUUCAUGAGUAAACUUCAUAAUACGUUUUUGGGAUUGGAUGCCAAUGAGUCAAAAAUGAACAGUGCUCCUAUUGAACAAAAUUGGGACGGUAAUCCCCUUCAAGAUCAAAUGGAAACCGACGAGGAUGUUCCCAUGGACGGGGUUGCUUUACUAAAAAGCGCGUUGAAGCAGACUUUAAAAAGUCCAUCGCCGGUAGCGGAUCUGGACAUCGAUGGUUUCGAAAUACAAGAUGAUGAGAAGAAGGAUAUGGAUAAGGGUAUCGCCCCAAGUCAACUUUCGGGAUUUAUUUUGUCCAAAUGGGAGACUGUCGACCCAGAACAAGUGGAAGCGCAAGCUAUGACCACCAGUAAAUGGGAUUUGCUGGAGAGCAGUGCAGAUAAUAGUCAGGAUAGUAAAAAUGAUAAUCAAGAUUCGUGCGAUUAUACCGAUCCUAGAGAUAUGACAGAAGAAAGACGUACAAAACUUCGCGAUAUUGAGUUAAAAACUAUGCAAUAUCAAGAUGAACUGGAAUCGGGCCAGCGAAGCUUAAAAAGCGGUUGGAGUGUUUCGCAACAAGUUGAACAUUACAGACGUAAAUUAUUGCGCAAGUCAGAGAAGGAGUGGAAGGAGAAAGAGAGGGAUAGCGGUAGCAGUAAGUCUGAAAAACAUAAACGUGAUUGGGAUCGUGAUAGUUCGGAGGAAGAAGUCUACUAUAAAGACGUUACUUCUAGAAAAAAUAAAAAGCAUGCACGAAGCUCUCCCAGCCGAGCCACUUCAAAACACAGGUCGAACAGUUGUUCUCCGCCAUCACGCAAGAAAAGCUCCCGAGCCGUGAGUCCACCUAGUCCUCCUAGGAUACGACGUCACUCUCCCAAAUCCUCCAAAUCCCACCAUAAAGGUUCACUAUCCCCGGAAAUUUCUAGUUCGAAAUAUACAAAGUAUUCUCCAUCUUCGCCAAAAAGUUCUAGAUAUAGCCGCAAAUCACCGUCACCAAAUAAGUAUCGUAGUUCCCCCACACCUCCCCGCUCUCGAUAUAGAAUCACUUCGCCAGAAGUGUCUCGCAAACACAAACAUAAGCAUCGAUAUUAACCUCCCUUUCACUUGGUACGUUUACAGAACUGAACAUCGUGAUCUACACAUUCUUGCUGUACAUUGUUAUAAUUCUGCCGAAAGUAAUCCAACAUUUUGCUAUCGUAAUGGUUGUUUGUUGUAUUGUUUGGUUGUUGCAGUUUAGUUGCAGAUGUGAACGAGGAUCUGCGAAAUAAAUACAGUGAUUGUAUUUUAAAACAUUUGGCAUAUUUUGUAGUAUGUGGACAGGGUGCUCUGUACUGCUCAUUUUACAAUGUACUUUAAGUGUGGUAGAUAUUAAAUUUCGGUGUGGAACAAAAAGUGACUGAUGUAAAAGAUAUUUACACAUUUCCACCAAUACAUUUCUGCGGGUUGGGUCGAUCUGUUUGCAAUACAUAUUAUGUACAUGAAGACGAUUCACAGUUCUAACCAACCCAGAAUAGUUUAGCAUAUUAUUUAUUCUUAUUUGUAAAAACAAACGAUUGAGCACCCUGCAAAGGCUCUACUUGUGAUAACUCUAGGAGAUAAGAUUUUUGUACAUAGGUAUGGUCUUAUUUUAGUAGUUAUUUGACAUACGGUAAGAGUAGUUACAUAAUGUAUAAGACAUUUGCGCUAAAUUUGAUUUUCUUUUUUGUUUAUGUUCAUGUAUUUAGAUUUAGUACGAUCGUUUGAUUUUUUAAAUAUUUGUAUUUAAUAAAAUUUCCAUUAAAGAGAUUCAUUUACCCAA